CGUUGCCGGUAUUAUGAGUUGAGGUUAGGUCGUAAUUUGCAGGCAAUCAUUCACACACGUGGUUUUCUCAAUUGAAAGUUUUCCAAUCUUCUGUGUUUUCUUUCAAAUUUCGAAAUGUCCUAUGGUAAUUCACGGGGCGGUGGGCGCGGCGGAUUUGGACGAGGAGGUGGUGGAGGUUUCCGAGGAGGCAGAGGAGGAAGAGGAGGAGGUAGAGGAGGUUUUGGUCGGGAACCAGAAGGUCCACCGGAAGAGGUAGUGCUUCUUGGACACUUCAAAUACCCUUGUCAAGAUGAUAUAGUUUGUAAAGUACAAAUGGAAGAUGUACCAUUCUUCAACGCGCCAAUCUACCUAGAAAACAAACAGCAAGUAGGCAAAAUUGAUGAAAUAUUUGGCAGUUUGCGGAAUUAUUUUGUUUCUAUCAAACCCAUGAAUGAGAUCAAAGCAAAAUCUUUCAAGGAUGGUGAUGAGCUGUAUAUAAAUCCAGCGAAGACACUUCCUCUGAAGAUGUUCCUUCCAGGCAACGAAAAGAAGCGAGGAGGUGGAGGAAGAGGAAGAGGUCGCGGAGGUCCUGGUGGCGGCAGAGGUGGUUUCGGUGGCGGUAGAGGUGGUUUCGGUGGCCGAGGCGGUGGUGGAUUUGGUGGCCGCGGUGGAGGCAGAGGAGGUUUUGGUGGACGUGGAGGUGGCAGAGGAAACAGCUUCGGGGGCGGAGGAAGAGGAGGUGGUAGGGGAGGCUUUGGAGGUGGAAGACGCUUUUAAGUAUCUCCGAAGAAACAAUGGUCUCCUCUUGUUUAAUUUUUUUCAAUUACUCAGAACAGCUUUUUGUCAUUAUGGUAAUGAGGGUAUUAGAGUCAUCAAGAAACCAAGUGAAUUAGUACUUUUGAAAAGGGCGGAAGUCCAAUUUUUCAAACUGGUUUUUUUUUUACAUUUUUGAUGCUCUUUCUACGUCACAUCUGCAAUUUUUGAAACAGACAAACGCUGCUUUCUCGGAUAAUAUGGUAACCAAAUAAGAGAGUUUAAAAAUGCAACAAAAAUUAUUUUGAUAAAUGGACUUCCGCCCCUUCUAAUGUACUGAUUCAAGUGUGCUCUACACCAACCAAGACAGGCUUUUCUUUCAUUAAAUUCAAGAUGACUCCUCAAUAACAGGAGUGAUUUUAAUGUAAUAUAAUUGAUCAGUGAGUCCAUUUUUCAAGCGAUAGAAAUCUGCUUUAAUGACUGAAUAUAGUGUAAAUUAAUACAAAAAAAAUCAAAUAUGUUCAUAACCCAAAUUCAUUACGUAUCUGCUUAGUAAUUACUCAGUUUUUGUCAUUCGACAAUAACCAGUGGAAAUUCUAUUUAUGGCUGUUGACAUUUUUUGCUAAUUGUAGAAUUACACCAUUCAAGUAUGAGUUUGCGAUAUGCACAACUGAUGCACUGUUUCAGAGGUACUAAAAUAAUUUAAUUUCAAAAAUGGAAACCUAUAAGCGCUUUUAGAAAUCUGAUCAAGUCUAUGUUCGGAAAUGUGACGGCAUACAAAUUCUGAUAAUAUAGAAACGAUAAGAUGGUAGAAAAGGCCAAUGCCUACCAUAAAUCUUGUUGAAUGAUGAUUAUUUUUGUAUUUAUGUGUGUGUGUGUGUCACACUUUAUUUGGCUAGAAUAUGAAGAAUCUUUGUUGAUUGCCUACUGAAUCUUUUUGUAAGAGCUGAAUGUAGUCUAAAUUACAUUCCGAUCGCAAAAAUUCUCAAAUUUGAUGUGUUUGUGUAAUGCUAUUAUUAAGGAGCGACAGCAUUUCUUUCUUACUUUCAAAGAAAAGUAUUAUUUUUGUGUUGCUUUCUCCAAAUAUUUUGUUAAGGACUUUUCCAUCACUCUUGAGGGAACCAUCAGUGAUAUUUAAGAAAUACCAGCGGCUUGAUUGUUGAAUCGUUAUCUAAUGACCUUGAUCGAUGAAAAGCAUCGUUGACAUAUAGAUUUAUCGAUCAGGACCAUUCCAUAACGAUCUAAUGAUCAAGCCGUAGAAAUAAAACGUGGCGCUAUUAAAUAGAGAGAAUGAUAGUGGAUCUCUUGAGUUUUCCCAUAACAUAUUACAUCUUUCUGUUCUUUGGACGGAAAUCUAUGAAUGGUAUGCCAAAUUUUUAAUAAAUGAAAAUAGUUUUAAAUCCAUGAUGACUUAAAUAUACGAAUGAAGGCAAAUUUCGGUGGUCAAAGAAAGAGAAAUAAUCUAAUGCUAUGUUCAAUGACUUCAGUCAACAUGCCCUCGUCCAUAAAUGUUAAAAGUAUGAGGGAACACUGUGAUUAAACUUGAAAAGUCCUAAUCUUUCAUGAAUUUGUCAAAUUUGAAUGGAAUGAGCCAGACUUUGUUUUUAUACUUUUAAUUUUCUCAAACGUUUGAUUUUUUUCACCGAGACAUGAACCUCUUAAUUUCCUACGAGUUUUCCCUAAACUACAAGGAACACACUCACAAAAUUUUAAGUUUAAACAUGGCUUUGUGUUCAGUUGAAAAAUUGAAACGGACAAAAUUAGGCAACAUCUGAUUCUAAGUAAAUCCGUCAAUUCGUAGCAAUACGAGCUAUAUAUUUUAUUUCAACCUCUGGCUCAGACUUCUUUUUUUACAAGUUAAAACCGUUUUAGUUAUUAAUUAUCGAAAGGAAUGAAAAGCUUAUCAGAGAGCUCCAGUCUUGAGUGAAUUGCCAGGGUGUCGAGCGAAUGGGAAAAAUCAGGGGAAACGUCAGGGAAUCUGCAAAAAUUCGGCAUGACAGGGAAUUUUAUUUUGCAAGCGAUUUUCGUGUCAGGAAAAUCGGAAUACAUGGAUUUUUCGGAAACUGUUUCGCAAAUUUUACUAUUACGGAGAUCUCUACUAGAACUACUGCUGAUGUCUUCUAAAUUGCAAAAAUGGGGCAAAAAUAUCUCGCAUAGGUUUAGGCACCAUAUAUUUUGCUCUAUUUAUUAUAUUUUAUUUUUAAAACAUGAUAAAAUUCUUACAUCUAAUCAGUUCAACCAUGUUGAAAAAUAGGGAAUAUUUUUCCUUUAUGGUCAAGGAAUUAUUUUUCCGUCUGUCAGGGAAUAAUACAUUUUUCUCCGGUUUUUUGGCCGUUUUUUUUUUUUUUUCAGGGAAAUGUCAGGGAACUGUUUUUUUUAAUAUUGCUAGACACCCUGUGGCCCUCAUGAAUGUUAUUUAAUUGUAAUCUUGUACCACGCAGACCAUAAUGGUCGGAUUAUUUUGAAAAGUCCAGGAAGCAACUUCUGCCAUGUAAAUAUUUUCUUUUUUUUUGCGAAAAGGCAGGCUCAUGUUUUUAUAUUGCAAGAAAUAAAUAUUUUGUUUCAGUUUCCAAUCUGAAAUUUUCUAAUUUUGUAAUAUAUAUUUAAUUCUUUUAAA